CAUUAACUAUCCCUCCCUCCAAUCCUAUUGAAUAGGCUUCGAGGAAGAGAGAGAAAAAACACAGAGGGAGAUGUGAGCAGCAAAUCCCUUUUUUAUUCCCCCUCGUAGCACUCAAUAAGAGAAGAAUGUGUUGCCUAUCUGCUGUCACCGCCGAGGGGAUCAAGCCUGCGGGACUGUCCCACGCGUUCCACGCACCGCGCAGAGCAUCACUCAGAGGGACACAGUGAGGAGGAGUGCAGCAUCCUCCUCGCAUGCGUGCAGGACUUUUCAACAUCAUCCUGCAACCUGUCGACAUCCGCUCGUACUCAAUCGAGUCCAUUCAUUAAACCGGUGAGCGAGGGCGCGAUGAGGAGUUUGGCGCUUCUGCUGGGCGUGAAAGCCGCGUGCAUCCUGCUGGUGUCGUCGCUCUCCGGCACCGGGGCCGUCAACAACAGUGGCCGGUGGUGGGGCAUUGUCAACGUGGCCUCCUCGUCCAACCUUCUCACCAACUCCAAAAAUGUGCAGUUGGUCUUGGACCCGAGCCUGGCCCUACUGAGCCGUCGGCAGCGUCGACUGAUUAGGCAGAAUCCUGGCAUCUUGCACGCCAUCACUGCUGGACUUCACACAGCCAUAAAAGAAUGCAAGUGGCAGUUCCGUAACCGCCGCUGGAACUGCCCGACCACCCACAACCCGGCGAUAUUUGGCAAAAUUGUCAACCGUGGUUGCAGAGAGACGGCCUUUGUGUUCGCUAUCACCAGCGCGGGGGUGACUCAUGCGGUUGCUCGCUCCUGUUCAGAAGGGGCCAUUGAAUCGUGCACGUGCGAUUACCGGCGCAGAGGUCCCGGGGGGCCAGACUGGCACUGGGGGGGCUGCAGUGACAACGUGGACUUCGGCAGGAUGUUCAGCCGUGAAUUUGUGGACUCCAGCGAGAGAGGCCGAGAUCUGCGCUACCUCACCAACCUGCACAAUAACGAGGCCGGCAGAAUGACCGUGUCCUCCGAGAUGCGUCAGGAGUGCAAGUGUCACGGCAUGUCAGGCUCCUGCACUGUCCGGACCUGUUGGAUGCGCCUCCCAAGCUUUCGUGCUGUGGGAGACUUCCUCAAGGACCGCUUUGACGGUGCAUCCCGAGUCGUUUACGCCAACAAGGGCAGCAAUCGCGCAUCACACCGAGCAGACCCUCGCCACCUGGAACCGGAAAACCCGGCUCACAAACCACCCUCUGCCAUGGAUCUGGUCUAUUUUGAGAAAUCGCCAAACUUCUGCUCUUACAACGGUAAAAGUGGCACUUUGGGAACUUCGGGUAGAACUUGCAACAGCUCUUCUCCGGGCCUGGAUGGCUGCGAGCUGCUCUGCUGCGGACGAGGGUUUAAGACCCGAGCCGAGAGUUUCACGGAGCGAUGCAACUGCACGUUCCACUGGUGCUGUCACGUCAGCUGCCUGAACUGCACCAGUACUCGAACGAUACACCAGUGUCUAUGAUCAUGGGGGCAGGAGGGAUGAUUAGUUAUCAGGCCUGCGAGAAGCACAAUUUGUUAGAAAUGAAAUAGCUGGCUGAGAAAGUCACACAUACUGUAUACAGGCGGUUGCUGGGGGUAAACUGACAGGGAACGUUAUCACCCCAAAAAUUCAAUCAAUGAACAAAAGCACAAAUGUACAAACAGGGUAUAAAAAGGAACAUAUGUGCUUGCUCCUUACUUUUAAUGCUCAGACGUUUUCAGAUAAAAGCAUGGGGAUGUAUAGUAAAUCAGUCAAAACCCCGACCGUGCUUCACACGAUAAGUGUUAUUUCUUUUGCAAAUGUUUCCCUUUUUUUUUUUCAUUGAAAUCACGGCCUCCCGGUCGGAGCCCGACUUCGAAUUCCCCGACUUCAUUUAGAUUUCAUUGAGAGCAGCAGCUAGACCUCGACCCUGACCCCGAACAGCGCAACAUGCUCGGAAUGCAAAAUGAUCGGGACUGCGAGGUGCCGUGGAAAACGGAAACUGACCAAAUCUUAUGGAGGCAAAGCUUUUCGAAUGUUUGAUGCUUGCAACGCUGCGAAAGAAUGUCAUUGCACCGAGCUGAAGAAAUUCAAAAUAAUCUCCCCAUUUUUAAACUGAUUUCCAAAUAGACAGUCAAUUGAAACGGAGCAGAUUAAAACCACAAGGACUGAGAAUACUUGGUGUUCUAUUUUGAAGGAUUCAACCCACGUCAAACUGUGCAUCAGCUAAGAGAACCAAAAUGCUGUACAUAACAAAAUAUAUGAAUAUAUUUAUAAUGAAUUCAUUGCUGAAUGAUGUAUGCACCUGUUCAUGCUGGAGAAAAUGUCAUUACUUUCACUGUCCCUGUUUUGUCAUGUUAUGAUUACUUUCUGGAGUAAUGUAGUUGUAGAACUUUUACAAGGACCAUAACAGUACCACUUGCUGUGUUUUGCCAUGCACUGAAUACACGCGUGUUUUUAUCAGUGUAAAUAUAAAAAUAUUUAUUUGUAAGGGUUUUUAAUACCGAGAUAGUAAGAUGGAAGAAGCGAUGCUCUUUAGGGAAUACAAGUGAUGUAGG